GUCUUGGGCUCGAGUCCAGAACUCUACCAGAACUUGCUCUACUUUGCCCUGCGCCCUAUUGUCACAACCAACCAUGCCCGCAACUGUGGCACCGACCAGGUCGAAGCCCAGCUCUGAUCUCCAAUAUGCUGCUGUUAUGACGUUCUGGCGCGUUGUGACGGGUAUCUUCUUCAGGGAGAUCCGCUCGCGAGGUUCGUUCAACAUCCCCAAGGAUGGGCCGGUCAUCUUCGUCGGCGCGCCCCACAACAAUCAGUUUCUCGAUCUCCUGAUGGGUCUGGAAGUGUUCAAGGAGUCGGGGAGACAGGUCCAGUUCCUGGUCGCGCAGGCGAGCAUGGAGCGGCUGGUGAUUGGAUUCUUCGCGCGUCUCAUCAACAGCAUUCCCGUUCUGCGCGCCGCCGACUACGCGAAAGCCGGCACAGGCCGCGUCCGCCUCUCCCCCGAUGAUCCAUGCUUGGUUAUAGGCGAAGGAACGAGCUUCACCGCUGAGUUCACGCCUCGCAUGCAAAUCAUGCUGUCCAAAACAGCCGGGAGCGCGUUCGCCGAAGUUGCCGAGGUUAUUUCCGACACAGAGCUCCGAAUCAAGAAAGAGUUCGGUACGGAUGCCGGCAAGAGCACGGACAAGAUAAGGGACGCGCUGGAGGAAGAUUCCAGUGGGCUGGACUUCAAGCGGUUGCCACAUGUCGAUCAGCAGGAGAUGUAUCAGCAUGUGUACGACUGCUUGAACAGAGGAGGGAGCAUUGGGAUCUUUCCGGAAGGUGGUAGUCACGACCGCACGGAUCUGCUGCCGCUCAAAGCCGGGGUGUCCAUAAUGGCCCUCGGCGCUAUGGCCAAUGAUCCCAAUGUUCGCGUCAAGAUUGUGCCCGUGGGACUGUCAUACUUUCACGCUCACAAAUUCCGGUCUCGCGCUGUCGUCGAGUUCGGGCGCGCCAUGGACGUUCCGCCCGAGUUGGUGGAGAUGUUCAAGCAGGGAGGCACAAAAAAGCGAGAAGCCGUUGCCAAGUUUCUCGAUCUCAUCUUCAACGGUCUGAAAACAGUGACCGUACGGGCACCCGAUUACGAAACGCUGAUGGUUAUCCAAGCGGCCCGGCGACUGUACAAGACACCGGGCCAGCAUCUCACGCUUGGGCAAGUUGUAGAAUUGAACCGACGUUUGCUGGAAGGAUAUGAGCACUUCAAGGAUGAGCCGAGGAUCCAGAAUUUGCGAAAGCAAGUGCUUCAGUACAAUAGGCGGGUGCGGGAUAUGGGUCUACGAGACCAUCAGGUGCCUCGUGCCGAGAAAGCACGGUGGAAGACACUCGCCUUGUUGACUUACCGAACUGGGCUUCUUCUCGUCUGGGCCGUUUUUGCGCUUCCUGGUGUCGUCUUGAACAGCCCGAUAUUCAUCCUUGCUUCCAUAAUAUCAAGGCGGAAGGCAAAGGCGGCUCUCGCUGCAUCCCGGGUCAAAAUUGCAGCCCGUGACGUACUGGCGACAUGGAAAGUGCUGAUCUCGAUGGGUGUCGCGCCGGUUUUAUAUAUGCUCUACGCUGCGGUCGGCGCUUACCUCGCGGUUCGCGCCAACGCGAGCACAAAAUUGCGCGUGAUGGCGCCAUUUGCUAUCCUGAUUGGAGUUCCUCUCAUGAGCUAUGCUGCCUUGAAAUUCGGCGAGGCUGGGAUGGAUGUUCUGAAAUCGCUUCCACCCUUGAUCGUUGCAUUGAUCCCUGGCCAACAACGAUCGCUAGAUAAACUCAAGGCGAUGCGGGUUCAUCUCUCCAACGAAGUGUCUGAACUUAUCAACGAAUUCGGACCCCAAAUCUACGAAGAUUUUGAUGAAGCUCGCAUUCUCCUCCCAUCGGCGACGGUUCCUCCGUCGAGCGGAAGUCAGGGAAUAUGGCGUCGGAAGAGCAGCAACGGGGCUGUCGAUGCUCAAGGUCUGGGGCUGACACAUCCGAUGACCUGGAUCGACGAACGGCUGUUUGGAUUCCGGGCCUCUGCCACCGCACCUAAUUCGGACGACGAGGAUGGUGGCGACUACGACAAUGUCAUCAACUACAUCCCUGGUCUGAGUCAAUUCUUGCACCCAAAUUCGUCCAACGGUGGGACAAGCACCGGCGUGAAAAGUCGGUCCGGAUCCUAUGCCGAUUUGCAGAAGUUGAAGAUGAGUGGUAAGCAAUAGCUGGAUUUGGUUGGAUUUUCUUAUAGGGUUGGUAUUUAUUACUCUAGACAAACUGCUUUGUACCCAUAGCUCUGCUUUAGACACUUGAUCAGACGAAGACAAACUUAUCAUCAAGCUACCCGGCCCAUGACUGCAUCGACGGAGGCACGGACACCGCCUUCCCAAUCAUCCCAACAUAAACCCAGAAGCACCGAAUGCCGUCCAACCCGAGCGUCACCUGCGCGCGGGACCCCGCCAGCCGUCUUGCCUUCCGGCAGCACCAUAUGCCAGCGCAUCACCGCCUCCCUGCGGAACCCCAUCCUCUCCGCAGCGGCGAUGCUCUUCUGAUUCUCCGAAUUCGCCUUCCACUGCACGCGGCGCAGGCCGAGUCCCCCCGCAUCAGGCAGAUCGAGCAGGAAAUGCAGGAGCAGGCCGAUCGCGUUGGAGGCGACGUGCGUGCGCUGGAAGGCGGGCAGGACGAAGACGAAUCCGAUCUCCGUGCUUUUGUUAGGGACGGAGCUUUCCAGGAUCCCGAUCGUGCCUGCGAGCUGCCAAGCUACCGACUCUGAGUCAUCGCAGGCGCUUUGAGGGUCGUUUCCCGGGCCGUUGGCCUUGGUCUUAGCCAGGACAGCGAAGAGGAAGCUGUUCGGAUCGCGCUGGAUCCUGCCCUCGAAGAGCGAAGUGACAAAGCCCUGCGGCUGAUCGUAGGGCCCGAAAGGAAGAUACGCGAACAUUUCGGGAUGCGCGUUGAUGGCACGACCGAACUCGAUCCCGUGUUGUGUGGCCUACAGAGGUGAUUUGAUGAGCGCCACAGCGGGGUGAAUGACUUUCGGGUACGAUUCACAUCGAAGGGCACCAACUUCACUCUGCUGUUCUGCAAGACCGGGGGAUCCCCGAACGGGAACGCUGUUGCAUCCAUGGUGGGACAAAGUUUGGGCUGUCGAUGUGAUGGUUUUGGACUGAGGACCGAAUGACGCGAGCGAAAGGUCACUCGAGUCAGAACGGAGAGCCCCUGCUUACGAAGCGCCGACGACGGCACGGAGAGUCUACCUGGUAUCAAAUAGCACCGGUCCACUCUUGCAUCAUUGUCUAACGGCCACAUCUCACCCACACUACUUAUGUAGAGCGAGCGCGCCCUGCCAACUCCGCGACCGGAGCGCGCCCUGCCGAGCCCUGCUCCUGAACUAGAUCUCACUGAGGUCGACCCGACGCGUACGACCGCCUCCCAGCCCAAGCGCCGAGCGGCAUUCCCCCAUCCGCGUCUCUACAAGCCAUACCGACGCCGGACACGGAUGAGCGCGCCCGAGUUCCUCAUACUUAUCGCGUAUCUCGAAACAGUGGUGGGGAUCGGCCCCGGCGCCCCGCGUCGAACGGGCGCGGUUACGAGUGGGCAGCCGUACGCGCAUCUCCGGGCCUUGUAAGAGGCGAAUAGGACAGCGGAGAUUGCUAAAAGGAGGAGGAGGAAAGCGGCUGUGAGGGACACAAAGAAGAAGGGUACAGAUCAUCAUCAACAUCAACUUUGAGCACACCAUCCAAAGCCCAUCCUAACACCCACCUAGUUCACAGCGCUGUGCACCACGAUCAUCUGUUUUUAUCACGUUCCAGUUCCUCCUCUGCGAUCACCUGUGAACGAGUUGUAAAGCGUCGUUCAGCGGACUGUGUUACUACCGCAUAUACUUGUGUGACGCCGGGAAGGCAAUCCCGAAGAUGAUCGCGCUUGGAUAGGCACACAGAAGGCACCGCAUGCCAAGGGUUGCCGCCAACCAUCUACAUGAUGAGAGACGUGCCCAUGGCUUUUGAUCUUCAGAGAACGGGUGGAUGAGGAAUGCGGAGGAGUGUGAAUUGUGAACAGGUGCUCCCGGCCAUAUGUACUCAACUAAGAACAGUCUCACAACGCGCUCGGGAUCGAGAAGAGACAAGAGCACCUGGUAUUGUCGAAUAUUCAUGUAUGGAAUAGUAGUAGCAGUUGUAAAAAUAUAGAAUGCAAGGAAGAAAAACAACAGAGAUGCGGCUGGUACUAUACAAAUGAUGGUCGAUGAGCUAUGUAUACGCAAAGGAGUGGAUUGAAAUCAUCAUGCGCGGGGGGCCGGCACGCGUUUGACGCGAGACUGGCGCCGAGACUGCCUAUGCGCGUCUUCGGUGUCCCCGUGGUACCGCGCAGACUCCCUCGCAGCGCGGUCGCCGCUUUCCUCCCGCUCAGCAAUCAUGCUGAGCUUGCGCGCCUCGGGAGCCGCCGGCUGCUGGCGCGGCACGUCGGUGGGCACGAGCAUCGAGUCGCGCGCGCUGCGGAUGCGCGGCGCGGCACGCACAGCGCGGGGCAGGUCUUCGUCCGAGCUGCUCGAGGACGAGUUGUCGUAC